UUUGAAUCGGAUGCCAUUGCUUUUGACCUAAAAAUUCUCUCUUUUUUUGUUCAAGCUAGCUUAAGCACAAGGAAAAUACUCAGACUACCUACAAAAACCAUGCCUCUGAAUCCAUUCUGUCAAUCAAAUUAGCUCAUAAGCACUAAAAUCCCUCUUCAAGAAAAGAGAUAUUUAAUCCAAAUCAUUUGCUAAUUACUCUAAUAAUCAUCAGGAUUUUACUAUCUAUAUUUGGUCUUUGUUCUAAGGCUCCUAGCAGCUAUGCAGAUCAUCGUGGAAAUCAUACCUGGAGGCAAACGAAUCACUCUGGACGUGGCGAGCACAGAUAACAUCUCGAGCGUCAAGGCCAAAAUCAAAGAAACAGAAGGGAUUCCUAUUGAGCAGCAAGAUUUAUAUUAUGAUAGCCGGUUGCUGCACGGCACGGAUAUCCUCGAACAUUGCGGGGUCAAGAACGAUGAUACACUUCGUCUAGUCAACCUUGAGGGGCUCGAACAGGUGAAUCACUUAGGCCUCAUCCCAACAACAAUCUAUAACGACGACGACGACGACGACGACGAGGAGGACUACGACGACGAUGAUGACAACGACCAUGGGAGAGAAGAUCAUUUUACAGGUGUGUUGCUAAUGAGAACUGGUGUCCCUACUGGUGUCCCUACUGGUGUCCCUCGUCGUCGUCGUCGUCGUCGUCGUUCUCGUCCUCGUCGUCAAGAUGAUGUUAUAAUUGUUUAUCCGCCAAUGCCACCGCCGCCCCCACCAUCACCAGAAUGCAAAUGUCAAUAAAGAAGAGACUAGCAUGCCGAUGCUUGGACAACAAUAUCCUCAAGUACUGGAAUGCUACAGGAAGAGCCAUCUGAAGCUAGUCCAGAUGGUGUGUGUGUGUGUGUGUGUGUGUGUGUGUGUGUGUGUGUGUGUGUGGGGGGGGGGGGGGGGGGAUUAAUUAAGAGAUAAUGAUAGAUUGUGUGUUUUGUUAUUCCUAAUCUAUGAAACGAAAAGAAUCCAAUAAAUAAAUAUAUUAUAUGUAUGCCAUUCUAAUUUGCCCAA